GCACCUUGAAUUUGCGGAUUUUUAAUAUUUCUUCCUAUUGACCGUGAAUAUAAAAAGACUGGUAACAACAAUAUAACUAAUUGCAUGUGUGACGUCACAUCGGGAACACACUUGUGCUAUUCGGUAACGUUUGUCUUAAAGCACCACAAAAAGAUAUAUUUUUUUAAUACGUUUGCGAAAGAAUUUUUUCGUGAAAAUGCCACACAGAUGCGUCGUGUUUGGAUGUUCAAACAUGUCAAUAUGCGAAUAGAAUCGCAUAUGCGAAUAACAUAAGACCGGAAGCUAACAAACGUAGAAAAGCUUGGGUUGAUUUUGUGAAAAGGAAACGAAAAAAUUGGGAACCUUCUUCGUCUUCCGAAGUUUUCUCAAAGCAUUUUAAAGAGGAUGACUUUGUGUGUCGCUAUACUGGUGAGAUGGGAGUAUGUAAUUCUGAGAAACCGCUGCUUGUAGCACCCACGUUAAAAAGGGAUAGCAUUGGCAUAUGUGUCUGGCCUUCCAAGUUUAAAACAGAAGAAACAGUGCUGUCAGAACGAGAUCGUCGUCGCAUUCUAUUUCACGCUCAACAUGCAGAUCACGAAGAGUGCAGCGUGAGUCAAAAAGGAAGCAUAUAUGAAAAUAUUGAAUGUUCUCAGCCUUGUUCUUCUUCUCUAACUAAUGUAUCUACAGAAGAAGCAGAUGAAUAUAUGCAAACAGACACUGUGACUUUUCCUGAUGAAACAGAUAACAGUUUUCAUGAACUACUCAAAGACCCUUACAAAUCAAACUGGGAAAAUGUAAAUGAUAAAUGGGUCCAGACAUUGCCAUUGAAAUGUCAGAAUUGUGUCAAACUGAUCAACAAGAUGCUCCAAAUGAAAAGAAAGUUGCUGUUUUACAAAGCUCGAAUGAGAUAUGAUGUUGAGAAAAGUAACAUCUUUGAUGCUGCUCAUUAUUCUGAUGUAAUUGAUGAAGAUAGUGCAGAGCAUGUGGAUAGUGACUUUGAGGAGCAACAAUCUCAAGAUUCAUAUACAGAUGGGGAAACUGAGGAUGAACUUUCAGCAAAUCAAACAUCAAGUGAAGAAGACAGUGAUACCGAUGAUUCUGAUGGAAAAUGGUACUUAUAA